CUCUCCAUUUAUUGCUGACUUUCUUAGUGACCGAUCGUGAUAUAUAGCAAUAGAAUGUUACACACUGUGCUGCUACAAAUUAUUGUUACCUUACAGAGUUUGUCUUUACACCUGGCUGUGGAGUCUUUAAGCGGUAGCAACAUUUCAUGCAGAAACGAGAAGAAUGAACCCGUUGACUGGUUCGUUAUCUACAAAUUGCCCAAAUACACGUUGGAUGCUGAUGGCAGUGGGCUUCACUACAUGUACGUGGAUGGUUCCAUGAAGACGUGGCAGCUGAGUCCAUGCACUAUCAACUCCAGCUGUGGAGCUGCAGGGCAUACCCUCGGCCAGCUGUACCAGGGCACAGGGUACAAGUCCAACAGUUCAGCUUAUUUAUUCUACAAUGACGCCCCUCCAGAAUUGCCCUAUGAUAUGGAUCAUGGUCACACUAAAGGGGUCUUGAUGUUUGAUAAAUACCAGGGCUUCUGGUUAUCUCACUCCAUUCCCCAUUUCCCCCCCUUCCCCGAGCGAGGCUUUGACUACCCAUCCACUGGCACUUUCUACGGCCAGUAUCUUUUCUGCGUCAGCUACAGUUAUGAACAAUUUCAUCCUAUAUCCGAGCAGCUGAUGUACAGUAACCCACGUGUCUACAACUGCUCCCUGCCACCCCCGCUGCAGGCGGACCUGCCUUGCCUGGCCCAGCUCUGCUCCGGAGUCACUCCGCACCUGCCCCGCGACAGGAGCGUCAAGAAAUUGGUCUCGGCCAAGGGGGAGACACUGCUCAGUUUUGUCAAGACCCACCAAUUUGUUGAUGACAUCUACACGUCUUGGGUGGCCCAGCUGCUCAACACGGACCUCCUGGUGGAGAGCUGGCAGAGACAGGGCCACGAGCUCUUCUCCAACUGCUCUCUGGCCAGGCACGUGCUCAACAUCAGUGGCGUCCGCCUGCCGGGCCCCUUCUACUUCCACUCCCGCAACGACCACUCCAAGUGGUGCGUCUCCCUCAGGCCCCAGGACCACUGGGUGUGCCUGGGCGACCUGAACAGGGAGAGGGGGCAGGCUUGGAGGGACGGAGGGCUCAUCUGCACCCAGAACUCCCUCCUUUACAGUGUCUUCCGCCAGGCCGUCCACUCCUUCUAUCCAUGUUGAUGGAGGCAUCGUUUGGUCACCGUUAUGACUGUUGUGACCGUUGUGCCGGAAAUGUGUGAGAGUUAUUCAUGCGGUUAUUCUGAGGACUUUACAUACAUGACAACAACACCUCUUAACUCUUCAAUGUCUUUAGUGAACUCAAAAAUCUAAAUUCUUCAUGAUAGAAACCAUAGUCCAAGUGUAAUAAUGCUUAUCCUUUUAUUCAGAAAAACUGGUUUUAUUAAUUCAUGUGGUGAUGAUAAACUGAUCAAUCUUCUGAAUGCCCUGACACACAUGAGGAUGCACCACAACCACAACAGGGUAUGACUGGUAUAAUAGAACCACAACAUCAGCCCACAAUAUCAAUAAAAGAAAACAAUACGCUUCCAGUCUUUUUUUAAGGGCAUCAUUCAUAGUCCUGUCAUAACAUUGGUGCGCACAUUUUCAUAUCAUUUCAAGCCAUUUAAUAUGUGAUGGAAUAAACUGUGCCCAGAGAUAAGCUUGUUAUCAUUUGUUUGCCAAAUAAACA